CGUGGACACUACACUAUACUAUACUAUACUAUACUAUACUAUACUAUACUAUACUAUACUGUAAUGACCGUCUGCCGUGGACAAUUACUGCACCGAGGCGAGCUGUGGAGAUGGUGGACUGCGACACAACUGGGGGGGAGAAAGAAGUUGAAUGUGGCGAGAAAAGUGAGGACGACGAGUGGUGGUGCUACAGAGAUUGUGGAGGAGUGCAGUGGAAAUGAAGGGGAGGAAGAAGGUGAAUGUGGAGAGGAAAGUGAGGGAGAUUUAUGGGUUCGAGUUGUGGAGAUGGUGGAGAAGUCCAGCGGAAGUGAGGGGGAGGAAGAAGAAUCUGAAGAGAAAGUUAGGAAGGUGAGUGGGUGUCAAGGUAUGGUGAGAUUUACACCAUCGUUCUUACAGCUGAUGGACGGCAUGGAGAACCAACAGCAAUGGCACUUGCAGGAUCGGCAAGAAUACCAAACAGGUCCUGGUGCAGGGGCUCCGACCUUAAUCCAGAUGAUGGAAUUCCACGAGGGAGCCGAGUCCCUUCAAGCUGUCAGCCGGAAACGUGCGAGGACACAUGCCACCACUUGGAGAAUGCUGAAUGAGAGGGAGCAAGGCGUUGGCUGCCCGUUCAGAACACCUGCCAAGGUCCACAUCAGCAAGAAGUAUUUGCCGGACUCAUGGUCCUACACCCUUUCCAAUUUUGAGAGUAAGGUGUAUUGUGGCCAGUUCAGCCCUGAUGGCUCUAUCUUCGCAAGUACUUCAGAGGAUGGACAUCUCCGUCUUUAUCAUACGGAUUCAAUGCGGACAUACCGACCUUACAAAGAGCAUGCUCUUGGGGCGAGGAACAUAUUGGAUAUUGAUUACAGCCCUGACCAGCGAUGGAUGAUCUGUGCACCUCUGCGCAGCAGGGGCAAAGUGAGCAUUUGUAAUACUGAUGGUGAAAGAAACAUUCAGAGAUCCAUUGACUUCAGGGAGCUGGUGGAGGAGGAGAGGUUACUGUCAUUCAUGAUCCUUGCAGUGAAGUUCUUUUCUCUCCUGUGUUGACUUGCUUCUCUAGACAAGCAAAGGGACUGGCUGGUCUGCAAUUCCACUUUUGGGUAGCUGUGUGGACCGAUAUGCUGUCACUCUUCCCCUGUACUGCACAUGCCUGCAUGUUCAUGCUCUCAGUAAUGAAUGUUUACGCACUGU